CAUCGAAGCGAGCAGACCGUAGUAAAUUCGAAUGUAACGUCAGUAUAACCUGGUAUAACCUAGCAGAAAGUACGCUGAUGCCGUGUUGCGUGAAACGUUUGGAAUUGGACUUUGACGGAGAGAGACCGAACCACGCGCUAUGGCUGACGAAAUCAGAGAAAGACUACUGGAACAGGUGAAGGAACAAGGAGACAUCGUACGAAAGUUAAAGGCUGCGAAGACCAACAGUAACGAGGAUUUAACAAAUUCUUGGGAUAUAGAGACAGAAUUGGAAAGCAUAAACCAAGAUUUCGCGGAUGUCAGUUAUGUCUGUGGUUGGGUACCUACAACAAAAGAUGCUGUACUGUUUGACUUCUGUGUUAAUCUCUCAGAGCAACUCUCGAAAUGGUCACAUUUGAAAAGGUGGUUUACAAAUAUUCAAAGCUUUGAUAGAGCCGAACGUAUUGCAUUUCCUGAUCCAGAAGGACAAGUUGUGUCUUCCUUAAUGAAGAAGGUUGAUCGUAUAAACAACCUCUGUCUCUUUGAUAGAAAUAUAAUUGAUGAAAAGAUAGCGGACGAAGUUGCCAAAUUGUUGGAACUAAAGGCUAGGUUGGGCGAACGAAAUGCUCCACUGUCCAAGCUCAUUCUUAAGACACCUAAAGGUACCAGAGAUUAUGGACCAGAGCAAAUGGCAUUACGGCUGGGAGUUUUGGAUAAAAUAAUUACUGUCUUUAAGAGACAUGGAGCAGAGACAAUAGAUACACCUGUGUUUGAAUUGAAAGAUAUAUUGACAGGAAAAUAUGGGGAGGAUUCGAAAUUAAUUUAUGAUUUGAAGGAUCAAGGAGGAGAGAUUUUAGCCCUCAGAUACGAUUUAACUGUACCUUUUGCCAGGUAUUUGGCCAUGGGAAAAGUCUCUACCAUCAAAAGAUAUCAUAUAGCAAAAGUUUACAGAAGGGACAAUCCAGCCACAACAAAGGGCAGAUAUAGAGAAUUUUAUCAAUGCGAUUUUGAUAUAGCUGGUCAGUAUGAUCCUAUGAUGCCAGACGUGGAAUGCAUCCUCAUUAUUUCCGAAGCGUUACGAUCGCUAGACAUAGGACCUUAUACAAUCAAAUUGAACCAUAGAUCGUUGCUGGACGGUAUAUUCGCUGCGUGCGGCGUUCCGCAAGACAAGUUUCGCGGUAUUUGUUCCGCUGUCGAUAAACUCGACAAGAGUCCAUGGGCGGAAGUCAAGAAAGAAAUGGUAGAAGAAAAGGGACUGGAUGAAUCGAGCGCUGACAAAAUUGGAACGUACGUGUCGCGCAGUGGUGGAGUGGAACUUAUCGCUGAAUUGAGAAAAGAUGUCGAAUUGAUGAAACACGAGCCUGCAGUGAAAGGUCUUGAAUCUAUGGAGCUAUUGUUUAAGUAUUGUAAUAUUUUUAAUAUAACGGAUAAGGUUACGUUCGACCUUAGUCUCGCCAGAGGACUCGAUUAUUACACGGGUGUAAUCUUCGAAGCAGUAUUAAUCGGCGACGACGUAGAAGUUGGUAGCGUUGCGGGCGGUGGACGUUACGAUAAUUUAGUAGGGAUGUUCGACAGCAAAAAUAAAUCAGUUCCGUGCGUCGGUUUGUCGUUAGGUGUUGAACGCAUUUUCAGUGUCCUCGAGGCAAGACUGAGUCGCGAGGGUUUAAAAACACGCACGACCGAGGUGGAAGUGUUCGUGGCGAGUGCGCAAAAGAAUUUACACGAGGAAAGAAUGCGAAUUUUAUCGGACCUUUGGAACGCUGGACUCAAAGCUGAACACUCGUACAAAAAGAACAUAAAAUUACUUGGCCAGUUACAGUAUUGCGAAGAGAAUGGUAUACCGUUAGCCAUAAUAAUCGGUGAAGGGGAACUGAUGAGAGGCGAAGUCACGUUGAGAGACGUCGUGACUCGAGUGCAGGUCCCGAUUCCCCGAGCAUCUCUCGUCGAGGAAAUAAGAAAAAGGCUACAACAAUGAUGAAUUACUUAAAAAUUUAGAACAUUAUUCCAUGCAUUUAAUCUGAUACCAAACCGUGAUUGUUCGAUACUCCGAUGCACUUAUUAUAGUUGUUUUUACCGAUCCGUACGUUCGAUACUCUCCCCCGGCACAUGAAAAUGAAGGGGGGAGAUUUUGUUC